AUGGAAAAUGGAGUUGCGCAGAUCAAGCGUGUAGAUAGCGUCUACUUCGGCGCGCCUGCUAGACCGAGCGCCACAGGCCAAGGGGCGAAGAGCCACCGCCUCAGUCCGCCCAUGAUUCCUGGGAUCAUCGCUCAGAGGGGCAUUUGCGACUUGGGCGAUUCUGAGCACCAUGACCCGAUUAUUCUUAUCUUGAUGCCAUAG